UCAAGUCACGUUGUGCCUUCUCGUUCCAUAUCUACCGUGAGUUAGACAUCCAACGGCCAAACUAACAUACAGCCCAAAACAUUAUCCAUCCACCGAUGGCGCGAGGCAGGGAGGUCCGCGCGCUUUCUUCCCGCGCACUGCGCCGGUCUCCCGCGCGCCCGAGCGCUGCGCAGCCGCCCUCCUCGGCGUCCCCCGCGCGCUACGCGGCGUCCGUCCUCCUCGACGCCCCCCACGCGCUGGUCCGCGGCCACCCUCUGCUCCGCGCGCUCCUCCGAGGAAAGGCUGCCCUCUGCGCCACGCGCUCCGACAGGAUGCCAGGAGGAGAGGAACGCGGCUACCGAUAGGACGCCAUUGCCAGGAAAAUCAUGUGCUCUAGUUGAUUUUGGAUCAUAUUUGUGCAAUUGUGAGUUCUGUGAAAGGCAAUGGCGGAAUUUGAGAAGGGGACACCUCGAGUUGGUUUAAGAUUCAGAAAUCCAGAUGAGGCUUGGAAGUUUUGGGUUGCAUAUGGGGGUUGCACAGGCUUUGAUGUGAGGAAAAGAUAUGCAAAUGUAAGCAGCUAUGAUGGCAAGGUGACUUCAGCCAGAUUUGUUUGUUCUAAUGAGGGUCAUCGAAGAAAAGGACAAACAAAUAAUGUGACCAAAUAUUUUAGAGCUGAAACAAGAACUGAUUGUAAAGCUCGGAUGUCUCUUAUGUUGAACCGAGGUUCAGAUGAUUAUGAAGUCAGUGAUGUUGUGCUUGAACACAAUCACUUACUUCACUUACCAGAAACUCGCCAUUUGAUGGCAACACAAAGAAAAAUUUCAGAAAUACAAGCUUUUGAAAUCGAGGCUGCUGAUGAUUCUGGAAUUAGACCAAAAGAUGCUCAUGAGAUGGCUGCUCGUCAAGUUGGUGGACUAUUUAACCUUAGCUACACUUGUCGUGAUCGCAAAAAUUAUUUGCGUACCAAAAGACAAAGGGAGUUGGCUUUUGGACAAGCUGAAAGUAUGUUAAAGUAUUUUCAUGACAAAAUAGCUGAAAACCCAUCAUUUCAGUAUGCUUUGCAACUCGAUGUGGAGGAACAUAUAACCAAUAUUUUUUGGGUUGAUGCUAAAAUGAUCCUCGACUAUGCAUAUUUUGGUGAUGUGGUCACAUUUGAUACUACUUUUGGCACAAACAAAGAAUAUAGGCCUUUUGGUGUAUUUCUUGGCCUCAAUCAGUUUAGAGAGACCACUAUUUUUGGUGCUGUCAUCUUGUUUGAUGAAACAGAGGACUCAUUUCUAUGGCUCUUUGAGACUUUUCUAGCUGCACAUAAUGGGAAGCAACCUAGAACUAUUUAUACAGAUCAAGAUGCUGCGAUGGGAAAAGCUAUACCUAAAGUUUUCACAGAAUCAUAUCAUGGUUUGUGCACCUUUCACAUAAUGCAGAAUGCUGUCAAGCAUUUAUCUCCAGUGAAGGGGGAAGAGAAAGAAGAAGGUGCACAACAAGAUGAAGUUGAACCUAAAAAGGAAGAUGAAGAAUCUCAUAUUCUCAAUGAUUUUAGUGCUUGCAUGUAUGGCUAUGAGGACAAGACACUAUUUCAAGAAGCAUUUGACAUUAUGAAAUCUAAAGUGCAUAAGCAAACUUGGUUAGAUAGUAUCUACAAGGUUAAAGAAAAAUGGGCUGAAUGUUAUAUGAGAGAUGUCUUCAGUUUAGGAGUGAGAAGUACACAACUAAGUGAGAGCUUCAACAAAGCAUUGAAGAACUUUUUAAAAUCAGGUUUUGAUAUUGUUCGAUUUCUGAAGCAUUUUGAGAGAGCAGUGCAAGAAAAAAGAGCAAAGGAAUUGCAAUCUAAAUUUGAGGCAAGGAAGAACAUCCCAAGAAGACAAAUGUGUACACCUAUGUUGGUGCAAGCAAGUGAAGUUUACACUCCUGUUAUUUUUGAAGCUUUCCAAGGUGAAUAUGAAAGGUCUAUGGCUGCAUGCAGUAGAUUACUGGAUGAAAAUAAAUAUGCUAUUGUUAUUGGGAGUUUCCAUGGUGCUAUACGUUUUGAGCAGGAGCGCAUAGUGAUAGGUGAUCUUUUGAACCAAACAGCAACCUGUAGUUGUCAAAUAUUCAAUAGGACAGGAAUAUUAUGUGCGCAUGGUUUGAAAGUUCUUGAUUUGAUGAAUAUAAAGAUAUUGCCGGCACAUUAUAUCUUAAAGAGAUGGACUAGAGAAGCUUGCAAUGGACGUAUACAAGAUAAGCAAGGAAGGAAUGUGAUAGCAAAUCCAAAGUUAGAGGCUCAACUUCGGACCCGAAACCUGGUUCAUAAAUUUGUCAAUUUGGCAUAUAAAGCACCUGAUUAUCCAGAUUGUUGUUUGUUGCUAGAAGAUGGACUUGAUUGCUUGAGUACGCAACUGGAGGAUAAACUCAAUUUGUCUGCUAAUACCUUGAAUAAAUCUUGCAAUGAACAAGAAAAUGUUGAGCCAAAUGCACAGCAAAAAGAUGAGUUUCUUGCUGCACAACUGAAGAAAAAGGAGGCGAAGUCAAAAAAUUCAAGAAGGAAGAAAAGUUGGCUUGAUAAAUUACCCAAAGGUAACCGUAGUAUGCCAACUAAAGCUGCUGAACCAAAAAAGAAAGAACCAAAGAAACGAAAGCAAGAUGAUGGUGUACAGCCCCCAAAUGAAGUGAAGAAUAAUGACAGCAACAAAGGAGCAAUUAUACAAGUUGAAGAGUACAAUGUUAUUGGCAAUUUUACCCAACUUGUAACGGCUCCAAUUUGUGAUGAUGAUAUUCUUCAUGUUGGGGAUCUGUUCUAGUAUGUGCAAGGUGGUUAGGUGGUAUUUUGCUAACCAUAGUAUUUUGUGGGCUAACUAUAGCAUUUUGUGGCUAAAUUGUACAUGUGAAUGGCCAAGUACUACAAUAUCAAUUCGAGUGACUCAAGUGCCAUGUAUCGGUGC